AUGCUCUUCAGACAGAUCAUCAAGGAUUUUGAGCUUCCCAGUAUGAGCGAGGAAGUGGUUCAGUCCAUCCAUGGGGUGUUUUGCAGCUUCGAUGAGGUCGAGGAGCAAGAUGAAAUCACUCACAGUCCGGUUAAGUCUCUCGAUCUCGACUGGCGACACCCACUGGCCUUUCUUGUCGCGCUGCUUCGGGAUAUUGGGCAGGCCUCGGAGGUGAAGCGAAAAGAGUUGGAUGACCAUAUCGUCAAGAUUGAAAUGGAGACCAACACGUGUAUUCCCCCGCCGGUAGAGGGUCAGCCGGAACCACUCUUCACCAAGAAGGUCUGUUGGCCCGAGGACCAUUACGAGUGUAUAGGCCUCCUACACAGGUGCAACAACCAGCUCGUCUUUGCCACCAGGGCCGUCGACGAGGAGAUUGAAGCGUGGAGGCAACUGCAGGGUCUGCUGGAGGAUAGAAAUUCGAUAUGCAACGUUGAAGGACUGGCCAACAAGAACAUCCAAACCACAAUGCUGAACACGGUCAAGUUCCAGUUGACUCACACCAAGAGUCGAAGAACUCAGAUCCAGGGCCUCAGAGACCGCGUUGCUGUGCAAAUUGAGUUGAUCCAUAACAUGACGGCACAUAAGGAGGCCUCGCAGACUACCAUGAUUGCCAUAGUCGCGCUGAUUUUCGCGCCUGCGAGCUUGAUAGCGACCAUCUUCAGCGCCGGUCUCUUCGCGACCGACGACCACUCCUGGACCACCUACAUAGCAUCUACAGUCCCUAUCACUUUGGCCAUCUUUGUACUCGGUCUCCAAUUUACGAAGCUCCAGGCCAUGCUUAGGCAAGGGUGGAAGGUUGCAGUAGGGGGAUGGCAGGAUGUACGGCAAAAGGAACCAAGGAUGUCGGUUUGA